AUGUGCAAAAAUAAAGUCUUCUUCGAACUAAGCCUCGACGAUGAAGCCUUAGCUUGUGUGCAGCACACCUCUCCAAGGAAUAAUGCUGCAUCAAAAAGGGUUAGAUCACGAUUAUUUAUACAGCGAGAAAGAGAAAGAGAGGACGGUAGCGAAAGGAACCUUCUAGCUAACCGGGUCAAUUCAAACUCUCCUUUAAUCGAAAAUUUUCUUCGCUAUGCAAGGGUUGUCACGUGGCCCAUACAAAAAUUUCUCGACAUGUUGGCUAUAUACCAAAACGUGGGAUUGAGUGUGCUUUUUGGACACUGA